CAUUUUAAUUCGGUUCGGUCUGGGCCUUUCUUUAAGUAUUAUCUUAACCUCGUCAUUUUGUGCAUAAGUAGAAUCAACCCGAGCGGCCUUACCCGAUUUGGCAAAGCCCAAAUCAUCGCUAAACCCGGUUUUUACUGUCGCAUAUUUUCCAGAUUGCUCCUAUUCACAGCUCCCGCCACAACUUUCUGCUUCUAAACAACCCUAAAUCGAUACAUUCUUUGGUUGAUUGCAGAAAUUUCACUUUCAUUCUUUCCAAUUCUGUCAAAAUCUUCUGUUUGAACUUCCAAACUACCUCCUCCCAUCGCCGACAACCUCUUCCCACCUUCUCUCAUCGUCGACCUCGCACACCCACAAGCUUCCGCAGCGACAAGGCACUGAACCGUCGUGAAGCACCAGGUUCGUUUUUCUCUGAUUUCCUAGAAAUUGAUUGCUGUGAAAUCUGCUCUUGAAGUCUACACAAGGAGUUCCUUUGCCAAUGAUUCCUUCGUGGUGUAAUUUGUGAUUUUGGUGAAGAAGUAUGAAAGAGCUCGUGACUUUUCAAGUUGGGAGUUAUGCUAAUUUUAUCGGUUCUCACUUUUGGAACUUCCAGGAUGAAUUGCUUGGAUUAUUUGAAGACCCCCAAGCCGACAUGGUCUUCAAGAAUCAAAACCUUGAUAUGGAUGUUCUCUAUCGCACUGGAGAGACUCAACAGGGCAUCCCUACAUACACACCUCGCUUAAUUUCAGUCGAUUUUCAAGGAUCUCUUGGAUCCAUGAGUUCACAUGGGACAUUAUACAACCAAAGUUCAUCACUUUCAUCAAGUAUUACUACAUGGAAUGGAAAUGUUUCUACUCAAGCAUCUGAACCCUAUAAAAAGAACUUAUUCUUGCAAAGAUUGUAUGAUGAAGGGAAAGAAAAAGUUGCUAAUGCAAAUGGUGAUUCUCAAAGUGAGAUUCAAGAUACAGAUGUGGUUAAUUCACUUGAAGAAAGUGUCGAGUUUUGGACAGAUUAUUCAAAAGUUCAUUAUCAUCCACAAAGUUUAUUCGAGUUAAACGGGUCAUGGGUCAACCCACAAGAAUUCAACAACUAUGGAAUUGGAAAAAAUACUUUAUCCGAAGGUCUACAAGGAGAUGAAAUCAAUGAAAGAUUCCGUUUCUUCAUAGAAGAAUGUGACCAUGUUCAAGGAAUUCAGUUUAUCAUUGAUGAUUCAGGAGGAUUUUCUGGUGUUGGUGCUUCGAUUUUGGAGAAUAUUGCAGAUGAUUACACUAAUGUUCCUGUUGUACUUUACUCUGUUCGAAGCCCUAGUUCUUUUAUAAACCCUAAAACCCGAAAACAAAACAUUUAUAGUAAUCUUCAUGAUGCUGUGUCGUUUUCAGCACUUUCAUCUUUAUGCAACUUAAUCAUUCCUGUUGGUUUACCAUCUUUAAACGAAAGCAGGUUUUCUCAAUUUCUUAAUCUACAAGACAACAAGCUGUAUCAUUCGAGUGGUGUUUAUGCAUCUGUGAUUCAUUCUGUUUCUCUCCCUUUUCGGAUGAAGAGAAUUGGUCCUAAUGGUGAAUCAUUGUAUGAAUGUGGGGCCAUGGAUUUAUAUGAAGGGAUACAAAUGUUAGCAGGGCAAGGGAGGCAAAAUUACGUUGCUGUCCUUGAUGCUUGCAUUCCAGCACCAUCAUUAGUUGGUAGAGUGUUUAAACAAUCUUUGCUUGAAAAUUUGCUACCUUUGACCCCUGAAACUGCAUAUGAUGUGGAAGACUUGCAAGCCAUUGAAUCGGUUAUAGUGCAGGGAGUCCUUGGAUCUGAGGAGCAUGAGGCCACGUUGUCUGAAGUGAAGGAAGCGAUGGAAACAGCAUACGAGAAGGCAACCACAAGGCCAAGAUUCUCUCAUUUAUCGGUAUCGCGGUGUCCGCUUCCGAUUCUGUUACCGUUUCCUUCGAUCUUCGGAACCCGUGUUGGUAGACGUGGGGAGAUAUUAAGUAACCCGGUAUCGGAAUCGGAAUCUAUGUCAAGGAGGGGAUCGAUUGAUGUCCAUUCCAUUCCUAUGGCGGCCCGAUUGCGUUCUAGUACGGCUAUUUUACCGUUUUUGGAGAACAGAUUGGGGAACAUUCGGAAGUUUGGGCUUGAAAGAGGAUCGAUAGGUGCGGAAGUUCUUAGAAAUUGGGGGUUUGGAAGGGAGGAAGUUGAAGAGAUUGGUGAAAAUCUUUCGAAAUUGGUUGUUACACUUGAUCCUCAUCAGGGUUAUUCCUCUGAUUCUGAUUAAGAUCUUAUAUUUGUUUAUUUCUAUAUAUAAAUAUAACAAGGGUACUAACGGCUUUUCUUUGUAGAAAUCCAUUAGGCAUAUGGAUUUUUAAGGAAUGUCGAUUCUCUUUAAGCGCCUACACUAGUAGUUAUAGUUUGACCUUUUUUGUGUGAAAAAGGGUUUUGACUUUACUCUUUA